CUAGACGUUACGUCAUCGUUGGCACGAAUCAGCUGUUCGUCUUUUCGGGUAACAAUUUUUGAAAGAAACCAUGGCUGGAAAUAGUUUGAGAAUUCUUUGCUUGCAUGGUUAUGGUCAAAAUGCAGAUGUUUUUCGAGAAAGCUUAGGUGGCUUUCGAAGGUUUGUCAAACACCAUGCGAAUUGUAGCUUCUUGUCAGCUCCUCACCCCUUAGAGUCUGACAAUAAUUUAGAAAAAGCUGAGGGUCGAGCCUGGUGGUUUAAAAAAGAUGAGAAAGAGGAGAUAGUAUACCGCGGAUUUGAAGAGAGUGUGUUAGCCAUAGAGAAACAUGUGCAAAGUUGUGGCCCCUUUGAUGGUAUUCUUGGGUUCUCGCAGGGAGCAACAAUGGUAGGGUUGCUAUGCGGGUUGCAGCAGCAGAAAAAACUCAAUUUCGACUUCAAAUUUGCAAUGUUGUUUGCUGGCUUCUGCAGUCGUAGUCAAGCUCAUCAGGAAAUAUACAAAGAGCAGAUUAGUCUACCUUCUCUUCAUGUUUUUGGUGAAACAGACAAAAUCAUUCCUGUUGAGCAAGGAGAGAAACUAGCAAGUUUCUUCCUCAACCCCACCAUUCUCCGACAUAAAGGGGGACAUCAUGUACCAUCAUCUGGGACACAGAAGGAUGUCUACAGGGAUGCGUACAGGCAGUUCCUGGAUGCUUUUGCUUCAUCCCCCUUCAGUGACUGGUCUUCUAAGCAUUUGAAACCUUCUAAACUUUGAAGGAAAGACCUAAGAAUUGCAGCAGUUGCCAUAGCAAGUGCCUCCCAUCUGGUAUCAUAGUGGUAUUUUAAAACAUUUUCAUAUCUAAAGCAAUCUUUGAAAAUUUCCAUCAGUUGGUUGAGGCUGAAAAAAUGUAUGUAGCGGUUGUGCAAUAGUGAAAUUAACUGCCUCUUGACAACAAUAAACUGCACUUCAGCCACUGUGAAUGAGCAGCACAGGGCUGUAUUCCCAUAUAACGUCCAGACAUGUUAGCAUUUUGAAAAAUACAGCUUACAAACUUACAAAAACAUUCAAUAGCCUCCCUAUCUAUUAAGUAUUGAAGUACAACUCUACUGAUCUAUAGGUAAUAGAUCGGGCAUUGAGAGUACUGAUAAGCUGAAAUAACCAGACAAAUUAAUUUCAUCAUGUGAAUCUUUUCAGCCAUUAGUCCAAAGAGUUCCUCACAGGAUAAGUAAGAAUUUCCUUUCGUGGAAUUCAAAUAUUUGGAAAUAUGUCCUGCUACAAAUGAAUAAUACUAACUGAUGAGGUCAAGCAUCCCCCCAAAUCCCAUUGUUAUGUUGAAAGCCAGGCCAGAUAUUGCACAUCUCAAGACAUUUUCCCAGUAAUUGUCAUGCGAAUAGAAUAAUUAGUCACCUUAUCAGUCUAGGCCAUUAUAGAUAAAGGCUUUUGUUCAUUCUGUUUAGCUAGCUUUCUUUUUUGUGCACUACAUAAGUGAGGACAUUUCCUUUUUUUUUUUUUUUUUUAUUCAAGAUAGAUAUCAUACUAUUACUGCAUUUAAGCAGGCUAAAGAUGGUGAAGUACAUAUAGGAUGCCUAAUCAACAAAAUGAUAGGAAUUUGAUUUUAAAAACUGAAUGUUAAAUUUACCUUGACCAAACAUUAACUGUGCAUAUACAAGCAGUGUAAUGUGGCCAGGCACAUGCUAAAACCAAGCAUAAAGCAUAUAUUUUAUAAGUUAUGUUUUUUUUAACCUUCAUUCCUAACAUAGGUAGUAACAAGGGACUUUUCCAUAAAUAACUUGACCUUUCCAACAAGGCCUCUAACCUGGGUCAUUGCAGCUAUGCAACUGCAAGACUGGAGCUAAAUUACCCAUACCAUGUGACCUACAAAAGGAGUGUGCAACUAGGAACUUACUAGUUUUCAUAGACAUUACCUAUCUACUCUCAUGCAUGAGUAAGGAUAGCGAGGUUUUACACACACUCCCCUUGGGCGCUUACUCAGAAAUACAGAGGUGUAUUUAUGAAAGAUGGAAUAAUGCACAGCUGCAUUGAUAUGAAUAAAUAACUUGACCCCCCAACCAACCCCUGAACCUAGGUUAUUGCAGCUAUGCAACUGUGAGACCAGAGCUAAAACAACCAUAUUGCAUGACCCACAAAAGGAGUGUGCAAAUAGGAGCUUAAUGGCUUCCUUAGACUUUCAUGUUUACACAUUUUAGUUCAAGGUAUUGGGUAUGUUUUUUUAUUUACAUGCAGGCCUGUGUGAUAUAGUCAUACAGAUAGGUAUUGUGGUAUUGCAGUUCUGAAAAAAUUGUGGUGUGGUUUUCCACCUUUUGUGAUGGUGCUUUUUAUGGUUAAUCCAGAUCUGCUUACAUCCCCUAAAGAAAGUUUGAAUGUAUGCCCCUAAGAGGGAGGGUUGGGGAGAGAGAGGGCAAGAGCAUUUCUUAUUUUGACAAUGGGGGAAGGGGGUACAUGCAUGGGAAUGAAUACAAAUGGGUUUAAGUCAAGAUGCAAUGUGCAAAAUAGCUUUACAUAAUUUGUGACAUCAUACUGCACACAAUUAGUAUUCAAAUCUGGAUACAGUUUGUAUGUUAAAGUGAAGCAGUGAUUGAACAAAACGUGUGUGUUUGUGUAUAUGUGUGUGAGUGUGUGUGUGUGCAUGAGUGUGCAUAUCCAUGUGAAUGUAAAUAGAUGAGUCAAUAUUGGUGUGGUAAUAAAUUUGAGUGUGUUAGGGGUGUUUGGGUAGGUGGAUGAGUGGGUGCAUGUGGCCAUGCAUGCAUGUAUAUAUGAGUACAUGUGUUUGUAUAUGUAUGUUUGCAUGCAUUUGUACUUUACAGAAUGAAGAAAUAUUUUUUUAAAAGUUCUGAUUCAGUACUAAUUGAUAUUUAAGGUUUAUUAUUAUUAUUAUUAUGACUGUCAUUUUGAAUCAUGUAAGUGUACCAAUGUUAUAUAUAAUUUACAAUAAUGGAUAAUACUUCUGUAUAUAAUUUUCUUACUUUUUUCAUUAUAGACUUUAUGCCUCCAGCACACUUACUACAGUUGAUGAUGCAGUAUUCUACAGACCGCAUUUGAGCAUAAGAACCCAAAUAAGCAAAAAACAUUUACAAAAUACUUAUUCGUAAAAUUUCUAAUUACAAUGAAAUAUAUGAACUAUAGUUUAAAUGUAAUUAUAUGUUAUAGGGUAAGCCAUAGUAGGUUAAUCAACCUCGUGUUAAAAUUCCAAAGAAAAAAAAUGACAGUUGGAUACAGAGAGAGUAUAUUUUGACAGGUUUUGACUGUAUUUGACAGUUACUUUUAGCAGUAACAAGGCUGUGGCUGAAGAGAGGUGACAAUCGUAUCUUAAGAGUUAAACCAUACAAAGUCUAAAUAUAGAAAGGGGAUGAGCUAAAACCAAAGGAAUGUGUAUUUUUGGUAUGUGGUCACCCUUGGUAAGGAGUAGUUAAUUAUGAAGUUUUUCUAUAUGUACAUAUUACAUGGUUAUGUAUAUUUAUAGAAUAUAUAUACAUGUGAAAGUAUUGAAUAAACUUGAUGUAUAUUUUCCCAUGUAAAUAUUAUUUUAUGAUGGUCAUACUUUGUAGAUGUUAGAGCAAUAAGUAAGAAUUUGUUGCUACUUAGUAUUAUAAUUGUGAACUCUAUUUUGUAGUAAUAGGGGAUACAAAGAAACAGUUCUAUUUAAUGAGUCUGGGACAUAAAAUCCCAUACCAAACUUGCACUAAGUUUGCACUGUUACUGAUUUAAUUUACAAAGAUAUCUGUAGUUCUGAUUACAACCAUGUCAACAAUGCUUUUAGAGACGCUUACACAGGCAGUGUUUAAGGUGUCAUAACGACGCAGAAUGAAGGAUAAAUGGACCAGAAAGUUUGACAGAGCAGUACAAUAAUUUCUCAUUCUGUCAUGAACUGCAAAUCCAACGCACACCUCAUGCACACCAGAGAACAUGUAUUCAUGCGAAUAUUCUCAUAAAAAUUACACUUCCUGGUUUCCCAAUGCUUUUGAUGUACUUUUUUCAUUCCAUUUCAUGUGAGCUAUCUAAAUGUAUAUAAAUGUUAUUUUUAAUAGAAUUUUAAGAGCAAAACUACUACUACUACUACUAGUAGUACUACUAGUACUAGUACUACCACCAAAGUAAUUGUGUGUACAGAGAAUGCAUGCAUGAAAGAUGAUCCACAUGGGUAAUCUUAGUAUUUAGUAUUUAGUUUGUGUUUUUGUAAAUGGUAUGACUUGAGUAAAGUACCUGUAGUUCAUAUUGCGGUAUAAACUACAAAACUGCUAUGUUUUGCACAGAGUAGUAAUAGAACGUAUUCCAUAUUGUACAAUAGAAAGCCUAGUGGUUGUGUUUCCUAAUAACUGAAAUAAGAUUAAUGUGAUAUGUGCAAUUGUAAACUUUGGAAGAGCUCAGAAUGUUACCUAUUUGUUGCUACUCUUUUCUUUAAUUGUAUGUUUAUGAUAUCCCUGUUGUAUUCACAGGUUGGUUUAUACUUGGGUAUGGUUAUUGUAAUGUAUUAACACAAAUGCAUUAUUAAGAAAAUAUUUAUGAUUCUGAACUUGGCAUGUUCAGGAUGACAUGUUUUCCAUGCAUGACCUUAUGUAGGGAAACUUUUAUAUAGGGGAUAUGGGGAGAUACUGAUGCACUAAAGCAACACUUUUUAAUAUCACAAUUCUUGGAAAGUAUGUAAGCCAUGAAUGCACUAUUAUCUCCUCCCUAUAAAUGAUUGAACAGAACAUAAA